AUGUGCUUCCAAGUGAGACGGGACUCUCUGUUUUUCCUUUGCUCCUAGGUUCAUCCAGAAUUGUACGUGGACAAAUCGAGGGGAGAGAAACUGAAGAUUAACCUGGAUGUUCUUUUUCCACACAUGCCUUGUGCCUAUUUGAGCAUCGAUGCCAUGGAUGUAGCAGGAGAGCAGCAGCUGGAUGUAGAGCACAACCUGUUUAAGCAGCGUUUGGAUAAAGCUGGCAACCGUGUGACUCCAGAGGCCGAGAGGCACGAGCUUGGGAAAGAAGAAGAAAAAAUAUUUGAUCCAAAUUCUUUGGAUGCCGAUCGCUGCGAGAGCUGUUACGGGGCAGAGUCAGAGGACAUUCGGUGCUGUAAUACUUGUGAUGAUGUCAGAGAAGCCUACAGGCGGCGAGGCUGGGCCUUCAAGAAUCCAGAUACCAUAGAGCAGUGCAAGAGGGAAGGAUUUAGCCAGAAAAUGCAAGAGCAGAAGAACGAGGGCUGUCAAGUGUAUGGUUUCCUAGAGGUUAACAAGGUAGCUGGAAAUUUCCACUUUGCACCAGGAAAAAGUUUCCAACAGUCUCAUGUACACGUUCACGAUCUUCAGAGCUUCGGACUCGAUAAUAUCAAUAUGACGCACUAUAUCAAACACCUCUCAUUUGGAAGGGAUUAUCCAGGCAUUGUGAACCCUCUGGAUGGGACAGAUGUCACUGCACAGCAAGCUUCCAUGAUGUUUCAGUAUUUUGUCAAAGUGGUCCCCACGGUGUAUAUGAAGGUUGAUGGUGAAGUGGUAAGGACUAACCAGUUUUCAGUGACACGACAUGAGAAGAUAGCCAACGGGCUACUAGGAGACCAGGGUCUGCCUGGUGUGUUUGUGCUAUAUGAACUUUCGCCCAUGGUGGUGAAGCUGACAGAGAAGCACAGGUAA